AUUUUAUUGACAACACUGAAACAGGUCCUUAGCUGCCUAUUUGUUUUGAUGAUUUACACAAUAUUCCGCGACUCCAUCAAAAUGAUACGAAACUAUCUGAAUAACAUCGAUUUCAACAAUGUAUACCUGACACCAUAUUUUUGGCGGAUCGAUAAAAAGCGUGCAAAAGAAGGGAAAAUAUUUUUGUGGCCGCUCAGCAAAGCUGAAAAACGGUCCAACGGCCUCAUGAAACCAAUCUCACCUCCAACAAGAGCAGAAAUUCAUGCUUCAUGGUUGCCGCUUGCAAAGUUUACAUUCAUACUUAUCACUGCGAAUUUUGUCAUUCAAGGUAGCGGAUUUAUUGCUGAUCUCGUCAAGCAAAUGCUCAACUUUGAUUACAAAAGGCACAGUAAUAUAACGAUGUCAACUGAGAAAUGCAUUUUUCAACCGAAUCCGCCGGAUUGGGCAUACGCCGCAAAAUACAUAUUGGUGCCUCUGUUAAUCAUGUUCCUUCUACAGGUGAUAUUUGGUUACGUGAUCAAACGCGCUACACUGUUUUAUAUAAUCGGAAAUAUUUUUCGAAAACGUAACAAAGCUCGUAUCAUUCAUCUUUACAAUAAAAUGCUUUUUGUACGGAUCAAUGGACGGAACUUGGCACGCGCGCGGAUACGUUUCCAGGUGCAGCGGCGGAUUUUGCAGCGUCAACAGAUUAGAGAAAAGAGGUGA